CCCAUUUCUCUAAAUAAGUGAUAAGUGCAACUCUAGCUAGCUUUGAUCAUAUUUGAUAUUCGUGCUUGAUACAAACAAAAAAUGGCUGAGGAGAAUACCAGCAAGAUCCCUGAGGUCGAGAGCAACGUCGCCGGUCAAGAAGCUGUGGAGUCCAAGGACCGAGGGUUGUUCGAUUUCAUGCUGAAGAAAGAAGAGGAGAAGCCCCAAGAAGAGGCGCUCGUAACCGAGUUUGACAAGGUUAAGAUUGAAGAAUCAAAGGCAGAGGGAAAGGAGAAGAAGAAACAUGGUCUACUGGAGAAGCUUCACCGAUCAGAUAGCAGCUCCAGCUCCUCCAGCGAUGAGGAAGAAGGUGGAGAUGGAGAGAAGAAGAAGAAAAAAAAGAAGGAAAAGAAAGGACUGAAGGAAAAGAUCGAAGAGAAGUUAGGAGGAGAAAAGAAAGAAGAGGACACCGUAAUCCCAGUUGAGAAGAUUGAUGAACCAGUGGUUCAGCCGGAGACGCCUGAAAAGAAAGGGUUCCUUGAGAAGAUCAAAGAGAAACUCCCCGGACAACAUAAGAAAGCUGAAGAGCUGAGUAGCCCACCUCCAGCACCACCACCAGCGGCUGAGCCCCAUCAUGAAGGCGACUCAAAGGAAAAGAAGGGGAUUUUGGAGAAAAUCAAGGAGAAGCUUCCUGGUUAUCACUCCAAAACAGAUGAAGAGAAAGAAAAGGAGAAGGCUUGAGUUUGAAGUU